AUGCAAUCAGGGUGUCGCGACUUUGCGGAACCCAGCAUAAACGUCAUCACCUGCAGCGAUGAAGCGUUGAACUCGACUUCUGACGGCCGUGACAUUACAACUCAAAAUUCUGCCCUGGAACCUGUUCUGGACCUGGCUUCGUUAUCCAACAUCUUCGAGCUGCCACCCAAUGGCCAAGUGGCUCUCCGCAACUUGCUCAUCACGGGCGCCCUCCUGCCCACCUCACCAUAUCCGCUGCCCGCCUCCUCCUUCCUUGCCCUGUCUGCAUUCAACUUGAGUGCAACUGUGUCAUCCUCAUCAAUUGCAGUGAACGGAGGCAGUAGUGGCGGUGAUGGAAGCAGCAAUGAUACCCAGUCCCCUGGUCGAUCUCCACCUUAUCCUCAGUCACCUCCGCCUUUGCUGCUGUCCGACCUGCUCAUCACCACACCCUCCUGUAGCGCACUGGCGCUGCAUCAGGCCAUUGCCUGCGCUGCCUCACCCUCGCCGAACUUCACCAUCACACCCUCAGCUCUCGUCGUCCAUGAGUUUUCCACGCCCACCGCCGUCAUCACCAAUGUAACGCUCACAUGCAGCGGGCAACCUCUGAUGUACCCGUGCACCGCUCUCCGUGCCACCACGGGCGCCGAAGUGCUCCAGGGAAUGCGAACCCUGGAGGGAUUUGCACAGCAGGCCGCCGCAGAGCUAAGCCGUAAGAGCGCUUUUUUGUUCCUCGCUCGGAACAUAACGCUCGCAUCAACUACCACUGGCAACACCUCAACUGCCAACCAGCAACUAACCAUCCAAACCGCAAACAUCAUCCUGUCAGGAGCACCUGGUGGCGGCACUGUGCUCGAUCUCGCCGGUACGGCAGGCCUUGUCGCCAUCACCGGUGCCGGAACGAUACAGAUGCACAACUUGACGCUCCGGAACCUGCAGACCGGGCAGGUCGGCACGUACCCCUGGGGCCUAUUGCGGCUGGGGCUGUGGACCUUCUCCUUCGGGCGGCGUCUGUACGGCCGUCGUGGGGAUCCGUAUCUUCUGCUUCGCCGUGUGAGCGUGUUGGGACUGCCGACGGAGGAAGUGGCGGCCUUUUGGGCCGACCUGGUGAGAUUGAAAAUGGUGGGUGAUGCCGCGCCGCCGCCUAGCCUUGCGCCGUGCCUAUGCAUCAAGGCACAGACGUUGCUCACGGGGACUGCUCGCUGGAUCGAGGGUGAGGUGCCGUACUUGGAGACAGACAGGGUCACCUCAGCCGGUGACGGCCUCACUUUGGAGCAAGUACGAGUGUAUGCAGCUGACUCCAACGGCGACACCGCAUCUGCCGCCUCCGCCUCCGCCUCCGCCUCCGUAGCCGCGCCUGCCUGCCUGCGGGGAGUGCUGUGUCAGCUGGUUCCGGAGGGGCCCCAAGAGCGGCCUUGGACCCUUCGUAUUGCGGCUAUGUGGGACGAGGUCAUACUGAAUUCUGUCGACCCGCAGGCCGUCCCGCAUAGCGCAUCCAUGUCAUACACCCUCAAUCGCCCCGUCGGCAGAUUAGUCCAGUUAGCAGAUAGACCUGUGGUCACCAUUCUGCAGCCGAUCGCCCUCAUGGGAGACCCCUUUGGUGAGAGCGUGCUGGAUCUACAAGCAGCCACGGCGGUGUGGUGCCUUCGGGGCGCAGCCGGCUCCCUAACUUUACGGCACAUGGUACUCAUCGGGCUGACGAUGUUGAGGAAUGCGGCGGAGUGCACAGUGGCGCCGCCACGGUCGCCGCCACGUCCAUCACUGCAGCCUCCGCCGCAGCAGCCGCCGGGAUCAGAGCCAACGGGCCCCCCCGCACCCGCACCUGUGACGUCCGCCGCCGCCGCCGCGUUGCCUCUUCUCUUGCCAGCAGAAGCGCAAUCUGUUGGGGGUUCUGAGGGCGGCGGAACUGGUCCGCCGCCUGGCCAGCCAGCAGCGAACCCCCCAAUCGCUCAGGGCUUCGAUUUCGCCAUAGCCAGCUUCAUGUCAUGCAUUUGGGCCCUGGACUUUGACAGGCCUGGGAAUGGUAGUGGCAGCGCCGCAACCAGCAACCUGGUAGCCAGCGACCGACCCGUGGGUCUGCCCUAUGUCUUCCUGGACACUGUCAGCAUUCUGAUUCCCCAAGCGGAGCUAGACGUGUUCAUCUGGAUCUGGGUCACCAACUCCACGGAGGUAUAUGGUGCUCGCCUAGGGUUGCUCCUGGUGGGGGAAAGGCAGGUUUUGGAGGCAGCGAAUACGCAGCACGUAAUCCGCGGCUAG